AUGUCAAUCCCCAUCCUACAAUCGAAAGAAUCUAGACCUGUAGGCACAAUUAAGGAACAAACUGCGCCGCAUGCAUCAAGCACGUGCAAUAAGCCACUGUCAAGAAAUGCCUCGAGAUCUUCCAUCGAACAAAAGUCAGAAACAAGACGCAUUGUCUGUGAUUUUCCAUGA